CUGCCCCAACAGUCUCCAUACUUCAGCAGCUUCUCAAAACCCCACACUCGAACCAAUAACAACAGUAUUCACGGUUCCAUAAUCUCCCCGCCAAUGGCUGCAGCCAUCUCCACCAUUGCUGCUUCCAACCGAGCACUGUUGACCUUGAAUGGCGCUGGUGCUGGAGUUUCGGUUCCAAGCUCAGCUUUCAUGGGCAAGAAAGUGAGCGCGAGAUACAGCAACAGCAACAAGCUUCCGUCGGGAAGUUUCAAGGUCGUGGCGGCCAAAGAGAUCGACGAAAGCAAGCAGACCGACGGAGACCGAUGGAAGGGGCUGGCCACAGACGUUUCCGACGACCAACAAGACAUCACUCGAGGGAAAGGAAUGGUCGAUUCCCUCUUCCAAGCUCCCAUGAAUGAUGGAACUCACUAUGCUGUCAUGAGUUCCUAUGAAUACCUCAGCCAAGGGCUUAAAACGUACAACUUGGACAACAACAUGGAUGGUUUCUACAUUGCACCUGCUUUCAUGGACAAACUUGUUGUUCACAUCACCAAGAACUUCAUGACCCUCCCUAACAUUAAGGUUCCUCUUAUCUUGGGUGUUUGGGGAGGCAAAGGUCAAGGAAAAUCUUUCCAAUGUGAGCUUGUCUUUGCCAAGAUGGGAAUCAACCCCAUUAUGAUGAGUGCCGGAGAAUUGGAAAGUGGAAACGCCGGUGAACCAGCCAAGUUGAUCAGGCAAAGGUAUCGUGAGGCCGCCGACAUCAUCCGAAAGGGUAAGAUGUGUUGCCUCUUCAUCAACGAUCUCGAUGCCGGAGCCGGUCGCAUGGGAGGCACCACUCAGUACACCGUCAACAACCAGAUGGUUAAUGCUACCCUCAUGAACAUUGCGGAUAACCCAACCAACGUCCAGCUUCCCGGUAUGUACAACAAUGAAGAAAACCCCCGUGUCCCAGUCAUCGUCACCGGUAACGAUUUCUCGACAUUGUACGCUCCUCUCAUCCGUGACGGUCGUAUGGAGAAGUUUUACUGGGCACCAACUAGGGAAGACCGUAUUGGUGUUUGCAAAGGUAUCUUUAGGACUGACGGUAUCCCUGAAGAAGACAUUGUUAAGCUUGUUGACACAUUCCCUGGCCAAUCCAUUGAUUUCUUCGGUGCCCUGAGGGCUAGAGUUUACGACGACGAAGUUCGGAAAUGGAUCGGAGAUGUCGGGGUCCAGGGCAUCGGGAAGAAGCUUGUGAACUCAAGGGAAGGCCCCCCAACAUUUGAGCAGCCAAAGAUGACCAUUGGGAAGCUAUUGGAAUAUGGAAACAUGCUUGUUGCUGAGCAAGAGAAUGUUAAGAGAGUCCAAUUGGCAGACAAGUACUUGAGUGAAGCUGCCCUUGGUGAAGCUAAUGAAGAUUCCAUCAACAGAGGAACCUUCUAUGGCAAAGCAGCACAGCAAGUUGGUGUUCCAGUUCCAGAGGGAUGCACUGAUCCAGGUGCUGAUAACUUUGAUCCAACAGCAAGAAGUGAUGAUGGAAGUUGCAGUUACAAAUUCUAGGCCUUUUGUGUACCAUAUAGUAUUGGGUUGAAGAAGGGAAGAAAAACCCUUUUUUUAUUUUAAGUAAUUAUGUGAGAUGUUCCAAAACUAUCGUUUGCCCUUUGGUUUUUUUCAAGUGGAUUUGAUUCCUCUAGUUU